UUAAUGAGAAAGUGUUGUCCAAAGUCGCGGAUAAUAACAAUAUAACUCACUCCUACAUCGGUAUACAUUGAACAGCCGUUUGUCGAGACCUCGAGACCUCGGCAGUUGCAAACCAGUUAACUAAACCUAAAACAGCCUAGCGUUUUUACGCGUGAGUGAUGUAACUAAUCAGUCGCGUCCUUCAACCAUCGAACAAUCAGGAUAUAUUUUCUUGAACGCUUCACGCAAUGGCCAGUAUCUAACAGAAAACCACUCUUCUACUUCCCAACAUACAUCACACCCAGUCAUUAAAACAUAAUAAUGUUUACCACCAUCUCCCAACCAGCUCCUUUCACGAGACUCUUCUCCCACCACCACACAUCACAACCACACAAUCCCUCCCCCCUCGCCCCGCGCCAUGCGAACCUAACCUCAUCCCAGGCCCCUACUACAAUGCCAAUGUCGCACUCAAAACCCCAAUCGCCGCGCAUAGAGCAUAAACAUACACACAAGCAAGAGAAAUCGACAACAACAAGAGCAACAUCACCCAAACAAUCCUACUACGCCGACCGCUACGCCAACAACUCACCGAAGGCCCAACUCGCGCGCCAAAAGGCCUCCCGUGAACAACAACGGCGCGAUAUCUUCCUGAAUAGAGUGAAGCGAGAUCGCGACGAGGGCAGAUUCGACGCUAGAAGCGAGCAGAUUCAGCGGAUUAACUAUUUGGCGCAGCAGCGGAGGUAUCAAGAGGCGAUUGCGAGGUCUGCGCCGGAUGUGGGGCCAUUGAUGGAGGAGGUGGAAGACGGAGGGGGAGAGGGAGAGGGAGGUGGGAUGGUAUUUGAUGACGGGGCUGAGGGGUUGGGUGGUGUUGAAGACGAACGCAUCCUCGAAGAAUUCAUUUCCCAGGAGGAAGAAUACCAGGCCUUCUUAGAGGAAUUGGAGCCCUUGUGGGAUAUCGAACAACAGUCCCAACAGGGCGACGGCCCGCCAAGCUCCCAGUACGACGAUGAAGAAGACUAUGAGAAUAUUUUUGCUGAGUUGCUUAUCGGAGAUGACGACCAGGAUAAUCAGCAUCAGCAUACAAUAUCAUCAGACCAAAAUGACAGCAUGCAUGAUAGGAUGGAUAUGUCGUGUGGGUAGACGUGCUAUUUGAAGUGUGCGUGUUUUAGAGGUGCAUUUUCAAAGUGGCGUUUUGCUGGGCUUCAGGUGGUAGAUCCAAUAUUAUUUAUUAUAUUUUUAUUUUCUGUCACUCUGUGUUUAUUUACUUUCCUUUGGACGAUCGAUGUAUUGAACGCGUUUGUGUAGCAGUGGGCAACGUUUUCUGUUUUUUUUGUAAAAAAAAAACCAUUCAUGAAAGAAGUAGUUCUAUGGGAUAUUGAAGAGAGGUAGUUAGAGACGCGGGGUAUCUGGAUUCUUUCUCUUUUUUCACGUUCCUUUUUAUUUAUGUACAUAUAGAGUACACGGUACGGUACGGGGGAUGAGAAUGGUCAUUGCGCCAGGUGGGUGGGAUAUCAAAAAGUUAAUAUCAGGCGGCCUGAGAAAAGAUGUCGAGAUACAUAUAAAGAAAAAUAGAGAGGGGGGGCGAAGAAAGGGACAUGGAAAAUUUCAAGAAAUAAUAAAUAAAUUCAUUCUACCAGGAGUAUUAUUAUUGCUGGGGACAUUGCGGCGUCUCAGCGUCUCCUCCCCCGCCAGCGAAAGCGCCUGGGAGCCCGAGUUCAUCCGCCAGCGGAUUCGACACCAGGGCAUCAGGCGGGCUACCCGCAGCUUGCA